UAAAACACUGAAGAAUACAGUUCCUCACACCGACGAGCUAAAGAGUCUCCACAGCUCAGAGAGAACCUGACUAAUCUUCAAGGGAUGAAAACCAUCCAGCUUCCCACCAUAAACCUUAGGAGGAAGAGUAAAGAUGUGCUGGAGUCGCCUGAAGCUCUCAGCGCUUCCCUUUGCGCAGCGAUGUCGACCGAGCAGACCGAGAAGUCUUCCAACGGCGCGGGAGGCGAGAAACGCAAGAACAAGAUUAGAUUCCCAGACCGAAUGAGAAUUACGGGCCUUAAGAAGCGCCAUAAGCAUAAACCUCCAGAAGUUCCAGUGGUCUUGGAUUUCAGCCAAAAUCUAGAACAAAAUCACUUAGCAGAAGCAAGCCAGCAUCUGUUAGCACAAGAAGAGCGCCUCUUCAGCUCAGAAGCAGCAGAUGAACAGGUACCUUGCACAGGUGGUGAGGAGGACAGACUGCAGAAGGACUAUGAGGCUCUGAAGCUGCAGCUGCGAAUGGUCAUCCAUGAUUCUUUCAACACGGAUAAUCAGGCGGCCCUGAAAAGUGCUGUGACUACUAUACUUCAGGAGGAGGAACGAGACCAUGUCUGGGAGAAGACAGCAAAACAUGAACGUCCAGUUUGGAGGCCGAUGGAAUGCCGAGAGAUCCAUAACAAACUUCUCCAGAUGGUGGUGGAGGUACGGCUUCAGCGGGCAAAUGAAGAAGAGAGUGGAGCGGACAAGCUGUCCACCUCCCUAAAGAAAGACAUUUGCCGGAUGGGCAAGCGCAUUCAGAAUGACCUGCUACAAGUGGUCAGAGAUGUGCAGGGAUGUUAUCCACCAGAGUUUGACGUGUGCAACAUGUACACUCAACUGUACCAUCAGGCAUUCUCCAUGAAACUCCAGGAGUUGACUCAAUCCAACACUGAGUUGGAAGACUGCAUCUACAUACUGAGUUGGAUUAACGAUUACUAUCCAAAGGGUGUGUUGCAACAGAAAGAAUUACAGUCACACAUCAAUAGUGAAGCACUAGGACCUUUGUUACCCACAGAAGGUCUUAAGACAUUGGAGGAGCAGUAUCUAUCACACAAAGAGGCUGAGGUCAAGACAUCGUUGUCCAGCGCCCUAAAGAAAGAGGAGGAACAUUGGCAGACUGGUGAAAAACCUGAACUGAUGGAUAAUUACUACAUUUCCCAUCUUGCCCUUGAUGUCAUACAUCUUGUUGAUGGAGCGAUUAAAGAGGCUGUGACUAUUUUGGGCAAUGAGGAUAAAGCUCAGAGGAUUCUGUUUCAGCUGUCCAGCUUUCUUGCAAGCUAUAAGAAAUCUAUUAAGGAACUUCUCAAAGGGAAGAACAAGGACAUUUCUGAUAUACUGAAGGCCAAUCUGGUCAGCAUCAAGCAAUUAAGGGAAUACAUAAAGGCAAGAGAAAAUCUUCCAGAGGAUGUGAAAGGAACCUGGCUGUCCACUGUAGCAGAUCUGAGAGAAUCCUGUCACAGAUACUUCCUUAGCACCAUACACAAGGAGCUCAAGCGGCAUUACCAAAAGCUGUGGACUCAGGCCUGGUUUUCAAGCAGCCAUAAUAUUACUGGAGAUCUCCUCACUGCUCUGGAGGAUCAGACAACACGUAUCACAUUCCUAAAGCCUGCCUGCAUGGAGGAGCUGUUGAGUCAGCUGCAUACUGAGGUGAUGAUGGAAUAUGUGAGGAGGAUGCUGAAGAGGAAAGUGAAACUGAAAGAGAAGGGCGAGCAGGAGACAGCUGCAACUUUUCUGUGUGAGGACAGCGCCAGAAUCAAUGCACUAUUUAUCAGAACCGGGUCUAAAGAGAAAUGGCUGUCCAAUGUCUUACCCAAAAUGUCAGAGGUAUUGAGGCUGCAGGACGCAGGGUCACUUCAGCUAGAGAUAGUUACAUUAGCAAGAACCUACCCAGAUAUAAGUGAACGCCAAGUCCUUGCCCUUCUGCAGCUAAAGACUAACCUUUCCAGUGAGGAUGUACGCAAUAUUAAAGACAGCCUAAUCGAGAACAGAACAUCACCAGUCUCUGAGCCUCCACCACCUUUCUUUUGCAAUGUGCCUGUUAAAAGAAUGCUCAUCUAACGGCCUGUUACAAAUACAGUAUAAUCAAAUAUAUGGUACUCUUGAGGGUCUUCUGAAGCUUAUAAUGUGACAUUGUACCUUACUAUCUGCUACUAAACCUGCCGUAAAGAGACAGUAUUAUUACAUGCUGUAUAAUAAAUUAAAAAAUAAACUGUUUAUGGGUUUACAGUAAUGAUUUUGCCAAGGUGAGUAGUACAGAAUACAGGAGCACACUGAAAAAUCUAUGAGCUGAAUCCCUCUUGAUUUCUAUGACCAUUUAAUUCAGCAGCAGAAUAACAGCUGGCUGACAUUCAUAGUCAUUCUCAAGACUGCACUACAAAAAGGAAUCCAGUUACACUGAUUAUGAAACAGUGUCUAACAAGAUCCAGAUUUUAUGCUUUUGGGCUCAUGUAACAAGGAGGCAGCAAGCAGGCUGAAAUGAAGAGUACAGGAGUGUCCUUGAAAAUCAAAUGAAGAAAAAGUAAAAAAAACAAAAAACAAAGGGAAGUAACACAACACAACACACGCACAGUGUUUACAGGACAAAACUAGGUCACAAACUAUCAGCAGUGCUAGACAGUGAACUUAGGGUAGAAAAGAACUAUAAAUACACACAGCACUGAGGAGAUAGGAUAGACAUCACUCCAAAUGGGUAUGAUGACAAUCUAUAAUCUAUACAACAGAAAUGAGACGGGCUGCGUCCAAAACUGCAUGCUACCAUAUUAAAUAGCAUGUCAAAUAGUACCCCACCAAUAUCAGUGCAGUAUGUAUAGUAUGUAUAAUAUUGUACUCUAGUUUUGGACAUAGCUUGGGGAAAAAUCUGACCAGGGAAACCAUGACAGUUAAUAAGUUAUGACAGUUAAUAACCAUGACAGUUCAUAAUACUGUGGUGUAUUUUUCCACUGGCACUAUGUGUUGAGGAUGUCUAUGUGAUCUUUGCAACUUGUGAAUGUUCAUGUUCUAAGCAGAGCAUGCCAGGUCUUCCUGAAAACACAAUGGUAUAUGUGCUAAUAAACUGCCUAGUGGGCUUAAAAACAAUGAGGAGGAAACAGAUGGAAGGCCUUAUUCUAUAGAAGAGCCGAGUGCGGGGCCUGCUUUAAGAAUGCUGAUGUCAGAAGCAGUUGUGUGAAUUUGACUGGUAAAACAGGUAUAGGGUAAUGCAGGGAGGAGACAGGGAGCCUAUACUUAUAUAAUGCUUAAUUUAGUUUGUUAAAUGAAUUAGAUAUUUUUUCACAUUGUGUUGAAACAGUGUCUAACAAGAUCCAGAUGUUUAUGUAAAUGCUUUUAACCAAUGGGUAAACUACUAAGGAAGAAAAAGACAUUCUUGCAUGGGUGUUCCUAGAUGAAAAUUCUCUUUUAAAAAAAAAAGUAGGAGGAAAAUGCUUGCACUGUAAAACCGUCAUUUUUCAACUUGAGAGAAGUUGACAGCAGUCAUGAAUUCAAAGACUUUGAGUCACAUACAAGCCCUCUGACAGCUGGGCUUUCAUCACUCAAUAGCUAGCUAUGUGCUUUGCUUCACAACACAUCAGACUUAGGAGAUGGUGCUUUAAGGGUACUUUAGUAAACAAAAUGGUUCUAUACACACCCAUGAAAACUCAAAAAACCAUUUGCAUGCCUCAUGGUUCUUUGCAUUGUGUUGUGUAAUGUUUCUAUAUUGAAUGUUUUGAAAACGGUUCUGCUAUUGUUAUAAAUUCAGGCUUGCAAGAGUAGAAGAACUCUUUUUACUGCUAUAAAGAGCCAUAUACAACACAACUGCCAUCAGUUUGAAGAACCAUUCUAUCAUGCAAAAAAUUAUUUAAGCAUGCAAGUAAUUCUUUGAAUGUUCAUGAUUCUAUGUAGAACCAUUGUCUUUACAAAAGAACUUUUGAAGAACCAACUUUUUUAGUAGUGUACUAUAAAAAGAGCCCAUUUUCUGAUGUAAGAGAAGCCCUCGCAAAACUGUUCAACAUCCUGCUGUUGUGUGUUAGCAGCUUUCAGGCUAUGACUGCAUUGGUCAACCUUCACAGACAUUUUAGCGCUGUGUUUCUAUAUGCUAAUUUUGCAGUCAGAAAGAAAGGAAGUAUGAAACAUUUCAUAUGUAAUUUGUAUGCAUUUCUUUUGUGAAACUCCAGCUAUAAAUGAAACCCCAGUAAGUCUGAAACAUCUUCUUAUCACAUAUGACAUUUCAUUGUGUAAUCACAUGUUUUACGGGUUUUGUUUAAGUGUUACAUGAAAAUGUUCAUGCAUGGCACAUUUAGAAAUUGAGAGAUGUUUGACUGAUGGAGCAGAGGAGCUAAUAUUAAGGUGAUUCUGCCAACCACUCCCAAAUCAGUGUUUUCUGUUUAGAGCUAGCACAUCUGUUAUCAAAUGUGGUACUCUGCCUUCUGUAUUUUUGUUUUGUUUUUUUUGUAAACACUUGUUUGGAUGUUUCUUAUUUUACAAUGUCCUGUAUUUCUAUAUUUUAAUAGAAAAAUAUAUAUACCUUCUUAUUACUGUAAGGAUAUAUGAUUUUGUCACAAUUGGCCCCUCCCAGUCCUGUCCAUGUGUUCCUGUUGUUUUGGUUUUGCCCAUGUGUUUGUUUUGGUCCAGCCCCCUCGUUUCAUAACUCCACCCCUGAUUGUCUCCACCUGUUUCCUGCCUGUCCCUCGUUUACCUUGUGUUAUUUAAGCCCUGCGCUUUGCCCUUUGUUUCGCUGGUCUUUGUUGUUUGCAUUGGUCUUUGUACUGUUUUUGUACCAUUCUGCUGGUUUGAUUCUGGGUUCUGUCAUGUCUGUCCCCCGAUCAAUCCAUGUUGGCUCUAUGACCCUGGACUGUUUGGACUAUGACCCUAGAUUUGCCCAUAAUAAACGUCUCUGCAAUGUUCAUUAUGUGAAAUAUGCUGACAUUACAAGAUUAAAUUGUGAUUUUGUGUUGUUUU